GCUGGGGAGCUGCGCCAGUUGCUGGGGGAGCUCCGCCUCGAGUACGAGGACCUGAGCACUGAGAGUCAGCAGCGAGCCGAUGAGUUGGUGGCGAUGAAGAGCUCGAAGGCAGAUCUCCAGGCAAAGCUUGAGCAAGCAGCGCAGAAAGAGGCAGCAUCCGAGGUUGAGCGGGUCGAGGUUUGCCAGCUCCGCCGCCGAGUUGCGGCGCUGUCUGCGCAUCUGAGUUCGGUACUAACCCCCGUGAGUGCUGCCUGCCGCACACGGCCACUGAGCAGCUACAAGGAGUCGGAACUCGGAACGAGAGCUUUGUCCGUGGAUGGCACCGAGAUUACCGUGGAGGACUCGCUGGGACGAUCGCGAAAGUUCAAAGUUGACAGGAUCUUGGAUGACGCGAAGCAAGAGGACCUGUUCUUGGCUGCAGCUCCCUGGGUGGAGCACGCGGCCUCAGGAGGUUCCUCCUGCGUCUUUGCUUACGGUGCCACUGGCUCCGGAAAGACGCACAGCAUUCUGGGG